AUGGGUGAGGGUAGUCACUUACCAUCAGGCGAAAGCAGGCUGCGUAUAACGAAGAUCAAUUUAAAAAAACAAAAGAAUUUACUGAAGAGCAACGAAACGAUUUACCACGACAAAGUGCCUAUAUCCACGCGGUUUUAUCUACAAUUGCUGAAACGUAGCCAGUUUCAAGAAAGUUUCAUCAACACUGAAAUCUACGAGUAUGCGUCCGAGAAUGAGAAAGCCGUUACUCCGCCUGAAGGUAAAAGAAUCACGGCACAAAAAAAAGCAACAGAUAAAACGACGUACAAUUUGAGAUCGAGCGACGGUAGAACGGAACGUAAGAUUUUUUACCAAAAGAAGCGAACGAGAAAACGGAACGUCGAUAACGGAACAGAAAAUAUAAAUCGUAAUUUAAAAAUGGAACUUCCUAAAGAAAAGGCGCGAAAGGAGCCUCUGGCGCCCAUUAUAGAAGAAAUAAAGAAAAGGGAACCAUUGAAAACUAACAAUAGAGGUGCCGAAAUAGACAAGAUUGCUGAAAAACUGAGGACUCUGAUGAAAACAAACGCUGAAGUGAAGUUGGAUAAAGAAUUAUUGACGUGCAAAGAGUCGUUUGAGGAGGCAAUUAUUGAGGACGCGAAGGAAAAUCAAAUUAAAAAUAUAGACGUAAAUCUGCCACUGAACAUAGCCACUUGGUCAGGGCAACGAGCUCGCGUCAACCACACAUGUUCGUAUUGUGGUAAAGGCUUCGACCGGCCCUGGGUGCUGAAGGGACACCUUCGUCUGCACACAGGAGAGAGACCUUUUCCCUGUCCACAUCCAGUUUGCGGGAGGACAUUUGCAGAUAGGUCGAACCUGCGCGCCCACCAGCGUACUCGCGGCCACCACUCGUGGCAGUGGCGCUGCUCGCAGUGCGGGAAGGCGUUCAGCCAGCGGCGCUACCUGGAGAGGCAUCGGGAAGACGCUUGUCGCAAAUAUAAAACACAUCGUACUCGGAAUAGCACAAAAUGGCAAGACAACUUUUCAAAUCCCAUACCACAAAGUACUGUAGUGCUUGCCGCACCUUUGCAUGACACCAUGCAAGAUGAAUUACCAGAGAGCUCCCACGACAUCCACGCUUCUGGAGUUGUGGAUGAACCUAUAGACUUGUCUAUUGGUAACAAGAGAUUGUAG